AUGUGUGGUAUCUUUGGCUAUUGCAACUUUCUUGUGGAGAAAUCGAGAGGCGAAAUCUUAGAUACGCUAGUGGAAGGUUUGCAGAGACUUGAGUAUCGUGGCUACGAUUCUACAGGUGUCGCCAUCGAUGGUGAUGAACUGGACUCCACUACGAUUAUCAAGCAAAUUGGUAAAGUGGAUGCCUUGAAGGAAGAGAUUGCUAAAGUGAACCCGAACAGAGACGUCACAUUUGCGUCGCAUGUCGGUAUUGCCCACACAAGAUGGGCUACUCACGGUCAACCAAGACAGGUCAACUGCCACCCUCAACGGUCUGACGCGAACAACGAAUUCGUUAUCGUUCACAACGGUAUCAUCACGAACUUCAGAGAGUUGAAAACCCUCUUGACCAACAAGGGAUACAAGUUUGAGAGCGAAACAGACACAGAGUGUAUUGCCAAGCUUUUCAAACACAUUUAUGAUACGAACACUCAAAACGGUAACGAACUGGACUUCCACGAACUGACCAAACUAGUGCUUUUGGAGUUGGAAGGUUCCUAUGGGUUGCUGUGUAGAUCCUCUCAUUACCCUGACGAGGUCAUUGCCACGCGGAAGGGUUCGCCCCUUUUGAUCGGUGUGAAGUCCGAAAAGAAACUGAAAAUGGACUUUGUGGACGUCGAAUUCCCAGAUGAUACUGAAAACAGACCCGAGACUCCGCUGCGUGGGAACACCCCAACGGGGAGAAAUGGUGCGAUUUCUGUUACCAGCAACAAGAAGAAUCCGAACGCGUUCAUCAGUAAUAGCCAUUCUGAUAACGACAAUCUUCUUCCAAUUGCUGCCAACCAUUUUAACCUAAGACACUCUCAGUCGAGGGCCUUCCUAUCGGAGGAUGGGUCCCCUGCUCCAAUGGAGUUCUUCUUGUCCUCUGAUGCGUCGUCUGUUAUCAAGCACACCAAAAAAGUCCUAUUUUUGGAAGAUGACGAUAUUGCGCACAUCUACGACGGUGAACUUCACAUCCACAGAUCGAGAAGGGAAGUAGGAGCCUCCAUGACAAGAUCCAUUCAAACUUUGGAAAUGGAGCUAGCUCAAAUCAUGAAGGGACGUUACAAACAUUUCAUGCAGAAGGAAAUCUACGAGCAACCAGAAUCCACCUUCAACACCAUGAGAGGGAGAAUUGAUUUCGAAAAUAAUAGAAUUACACUGGGUGGGCUGAAGGCUUGGUUACCUGCGAUUAGAAGAGCGCGGAGACUUAUCAUGAUAGCGUGUGGUACUUCUUAUCACUCCUGUUUGGCCACACGCGCUAUAUUCGAGGAACUGUCCGAUAUCCCAGUCAGCGUAGAGUUAGCCUCUGACUUUUUGGACAGAAAGUCUCCCGUGUUUAGAGAUGACAUCUGCAUUUUUGUGUCUCAGAGUGGUGAAACCGCGGAUACGAUGCUUGCCCUGAAUUACUGUCUAGAGAGAGGUUCGCUUACAGUUGGUAUUGUGAAUAGUGUGGGUUCUUCGCUCUCAAGGGCAACGCACUGUGGUGUCCACAUAAACGCUGGCCCAGAAAUCGGUGUUGCCUCUACAAAGGCCUACACUUCUCAAUACAUCGCUCUAGUGAUGGUCGCACUGUCAUUGUCUGAUGACAGAGUAUCCAAGCUGCAGAGACGAAAUGACAUAAUUCAAGGGUUGAAGCAGAUCCCUCAACAAAUUAAGAAAGUGCUGGACCUAGAACCAAAGAUUAAGAAACUGUGCCAGAAUAAAUUAAAGAAUCAGAAAUCUUUGCUGAUUUUGGGUAGGGGUUACCAGUUUGCAUCCGCUUUGGAGGGUGCCUUAAAGAUUAAAGAAAUCUCGUAUAUGCAUUCAGAGGGUGUAUUGGCUGGGGAGUUGAAGCACGGUGUUUUGGCUUUGGUUGAUGAAAACUUGCCAAUAAUCGCGUUUGGAACGAGGGAUUCCUUGUUCCCCAAGGUUGUUUCUUCUAUUGAACAGAUCACUGCCAGAAAAGGCCAUCCAAUUAUUAUUUGCAAUGACAACGACGAGGUAUGGUCGAAGAAAGCGGAAGGAACGAAAUUGGAAACGUUGAAUGUUCCCCAGACUGUUGACUGCCUACAAGGUUUGUUGAACAUUGUUCCUCUGCAGUUGAUAUCGUACAGACUGGCUGUGGAUAAGGGGAUCGAUGUCGAUUUCCCAAGAAACCUGGCUAAGUCGGUCACUGUCGAAUAG